AUGCGUCGGUCAAUACUCAUUUGGGCGGUGUUUGGAACGCUGUUCGCGGCAAUAAGCUCGAAAACAAUUGAUCCUGGAAAGCACGAGACCCCGGAUGCUACAACAGGCGCAAGACUCUUCACGAUUCUUCCGGAUCUCUCGAUUCGUGACAAACCCGAGGCGAAACUCAACUCUAAAAGAAGUUUGUUGGUUUUGCUGCCCGAAGAAUCGCAAGGAAUCGUUCGAAAGAGCCAGAAAACUAAGCGAUGCGAUGGCUCGAUUUGCAAGGAAAAUGUCGGUAAAAAUAACGAGUACAUCGUUGGUCAGAGGCCCCCCCAAUUGGGCCUCGUUUCGUCGAGAAAUCCCAACGCGAUGAACGAAGAAGAAAACGCGGAUCGUAACGUUGCGUUUGUAAAAGCAAUUCGUGAUAAACUCAAGUCUCGAGACUACAAUGUCGGAGCAGUUCGUAAAACCUCGCAAAAAACCAGCAUAAUCGACGACGACAAAUACGUUUGUUAUUGUAGAAUGAAAAAUCCUCCGAUCGUUAGAAAAGACGCGGUACGAGACAAGUCGCAAUUGUUAGGUAGAAAAUAUAAACCAGAGAAAAAGGAGGAUAACAGAAAAGUAGUUUUACAACGCCAGAGGCCAAUCCACGCAAAUCUUCCGCAACAAUCGAAAAUCGAAAGAGUACCAGUGUUCCCAAACGCGUUUGGAUCGAACGGAGACAAACCCGAUUCGAUCGUUGGGCAACAAGCACCGACCACCCAAGGCCACGAUUUCAACGAGGAUCAGCAAACUAUUGGGCAACGACUGUGCACGCCAAACGUUGCUGAAAUACUUUCCCAACCGAAACAAUCCGCGGAAAACAACGACCUUCGCGAUUAUUCCGCGCAGGAAAAGCAUCGAGAAGAUCCCAGCGUUCCCGACUACAAUUUGCAAUCUGUGCAUCUGGAUCUUUCUCAACACACGACGCCCUGGAUUUCUCCAAACGUCGACGAUGAAAUAGAGAAAAAUGAAAUGACCCAGGAUGGUUCUAGAAACGAUCCAGAAAUUAUAAACGCCGCGUCGCCCGCGAACUUUCCCGAGACAGGUCGAACGUUAGAUUAUUCCGAAAUUAAGGAAGUCACGAGCGCGUAUUUCACGUCGAAGGCUUACAGCGACGAAACUGACGAGACGAACGGAUACGUUGGUCACACCGGACUCUCCGGUUUCGAUCAAUUCUCUAUAACCGGCGACGGAGCUACGAGCACUGCGGAGGAUCGAGCUAACGCGGCCAGCGUGCAGAGUCGAUCGAACACGCCUACGGAAGCAUCGACGAAUCGCGAGGAAGUUGCUCCCAAGAUGAACGAUACCCCUGAGUCCGAUGAUGCUAGUCAAAAUGAUGGGGAGAUUAUAUUAGGAAAGAAUAACCCGUACUGGAACAAAGCAGAGUCUGCAAACGAUCGUUUAAACGCGGACGUAGGUACAAACGUGGAAAACGAGAAUCAUAAUGGGUCCUCUUUCCCUCCAAUCGAAUCGAACGUGCAAGAGAGGAUCGACGAUACGGAUACCACGUCGAACGAAGAAUUUUCCUUGAAAAAUGUCGAAUCUAAGGAAGAGAUCGACGAUACGAACGGGGGAAACGAAGAAACAGGUCCGGUUAGUGACUCCUCGAUGGAACAGACAACAUAUUCCGGCGACCCGGGGGACGAUUACAGGACGAUCGACGUGAAUUCGGUGAACGCGGCCAAUGAAAAUGUCGCAGCGACGAUUCAGAGCGGAAACGAAUACGAUUCGGCCGUAGAGUCGACGCUGGAACCGUUCGGCGGCGUCGACGCUGGGAGAAUAAAGGAUCCAUCGGAGCAAACGUUGCCCUUCUGCGAUAAUACGCUGCUCCAGAAGUCGAUUACAGCGGUAAUUAAUAACUUCGCGACGAACGACGACUCGUCUGAAACGGUGGGCUCGACGGGGGGCGAUCUGCUCGAAGAAAUCGUAAGAAUACCGAACUUGAAAGGUAUUCUCGCCGUUCCUAUGAUCGAACGAACGAUCCUUGACAAGGCAAAGAACCUUCUGGCGAAGCAAACCGGGAUGGCUAGAUCGAAUUUCGACAACGACCAGGCCACGAGCAUAAUUAGGAACAAUUUGCGGAGCAUGAUGGCCGCCGCGACCGUCUCCGACACGGAACUUCCGCCGAUGACCGUCCAAGAGCGUCGAUUGAAGAACGGGAAAUGGAUCACGAAUCUGGUCACGCUGGAGCCCACGUCGAACGAAGGGCAACCAAUGAGCAGUUUGGACAAAUUGAGAGCCACCGUUAGAAACGUUCUCCAGGAUCCAGCUAUCGGCUUAGAGGCAGCCAGACAACCAGCUGUUCGGAACAUGAUCGUCCAAAGCGUUCGUAACACCUUUGAACCAACAGAUUCCAACGGUGUCUUGGACGAACCAGUAGUUCAGAGUAUCUUGGAGAACGAGCUGAGCCUGAUGGAAAUGGAAGACACGGAAAUUACGACGGUGGAAAGCACGGGAGAGUCUGAGACGAUCGAUGAGUCGAAUUUCGAUAUGGAGAAGCUUUUGCAAAUUGCUAAGAACGAGGCAGGCAUGGAUUCGUCGACGAGUUCGAUAGAAACUGUGACGACAAUGUCCGUAAGCCCGGAGUUACCGGAAGGAACUGCUGAAAAUUUCGUAGGAGCGACCAAGAUACUCGAGUCUACGGAAUACUUGGAAUUAUCGUCUGUAGAGACCACUAGUUAUCCGGAGGAAAACGAAACGCUCGAAACAGAAGGAAAAUAUCGCGAAUCGGAGUCAACGGUAUCAAAUCUGGAAGGAUCUCCGGAAGUAUUCACUCCGUCGAACAUCGUAGGUGUUACUUCAAACGAUCAAAAUGAAUUUUCAACUUCAGAAAUGCCAGAAAGUACGGAAGGAACGAUGGUGAUGGAAGUAAAUUCCAACGACGACGGUUCCCCUGAACACGAUUAUACGUAUUUAGGAAAGAUCUCUAUGAAGAAGAACGAUUAUGAUGACGUGCAAAGUCUUCGAAACUCGGAGCUGUAUUAUGUCGGCGAUGGCGUGAAACUACCAUUGGAGAUAACAAAAUUGAACGACGGUUCGUACGCUUUGUCGAUCUCCAGAAAAGUCUGUGAACACCUAUUGAACAAAGAGUGUCCUUGUUGCGUGCCCACGAAGGGUAACGUUGUUCGUACUGUACGAAGAAAUCCGGAAACAAUCGAAUCGAUCGGACGGAAGAGAAUUUCUAAACGCGAAUCGACUAAAUCAAUUUUGUCGAACGAACGGGGAGAUCGUAAUUCGGCUGACGACAGCUUACAGAUUCUCUCGAUGCCCGUGGAGACUUUUGCAAAAAGAUACAAUUUGUCUCUGAACUUGGAGAAAGUGCAAGCUCCGUGGAAUUUCAACGCGAACGAAAAGAUCGAUGGAUACGCGAACGGUCGGGAGAAAAAUGUUCGGGACGAUGAAGAUAACGCUGACACGGAUCUCCUUCGUAAUUUGUUAUCGGUUCACGCGGUUUCGGAAAAUGAUAAGCUGGAAACACCUACGGCAGAUAUCGAUACAAUGAAUCACAUGUACCAACUGCGGAAACAAAGAAGAUUCGAUAAAUAUCGAUAUCAGCGUAAUAUCGACGAGACCGUGAACAAACGAGUAGAAAUAGUGACCAGCGUGUUGAACUGGUUAAGAGAUAUGAUUUUAAGCUCGACUCCCGAUACAUAAACACUUUUCCAUCAACUCGAAUAUUUAAAAACAAAUCUUAGUUGUAACAUUUAUAUUUUAUACUUUAAUAUCUUUUUAUAUUUUAUUAUAUUGAUAUUUUCCCUAGCUCCCUAUAAAGUACAAGUUACAUUUGUUUUGUAUUAUGUAAAAUAA